GGGGGGAAACAACCAAGAAACUUGCGGGAAACAUGGGCAAACCUGCAUUCUGGGAAGGGCGUUCAAUGUUUUGUAUCAUGUUUCCAUAUGUUCUCGGUACAAACGCCCGUUGAAAUCGCGCCUAGCCCAAGGGCCAAUAGGGGUCAACUGAGGUUCGGCUCCAAUCAACACCACCUACAAGUAUUUUGACAAUCCGCUUUCUCGCGUCCGCGUUAUGUCCAUGCCCCCAUGUCCCUUCGCGCCCUGUACGACGAAGGAGUUGCUUCGUAUGUCACUGUGGGAAUGGCGGCUAUGGUGGUGUUUGAUGCGCUAGUGUCUCUUGACCGGUGCGUUGAGUACAUCUGGAAAAGCCCCCUCUCGUCCGUCAAGGUCCUGUUCUUUGGGAUGCGAUAUGGUACAAUCUUGAAUAAUAUGGCGUCUCUCUCCCAGGUGUUCGUUCAUAUAUCGUCCACGAAGUCAUACUUCAUUAGCACGAGUGUCCUGACGUGGACAUACUUCGUCGAGGGCAUUUGUACUUCUUUAAUCAUGGCUAUCCAAACCUGCGCUUUAUACAACACGAGCUCGACAACCGUCAAAGUAGUUCAGGGUGCCGCAUUGAUCAACAUCUGUAUUAUUGUCGCUCAGCAGAUCGCGUCCCAGAUUGCUAUUCGGAAGAAAGCGACUAUAAUGAACGGCGGAUACGUGACAACCGAGCUAUUAAAGAUUACCGUGCUUGGAUUCGCAAACCUCCUUUGGUAUGAGCUGGUGAUAUUCGUCAUGACGGCUGCGAAGUGCAUUGCGCUCACGCGAGAUACACGUACACGACUCGUCUGGGUCAUACUGCGUGCCGCGAUCGCUUACUACAUCCUCUUGACAACGCUGACCGUGUUGAACCUGGCCGCCUUCUAUACAUUUCUUCGAGCGCGGCCGCAGCUCACGGGCAUAUUCCCAGCCAUGCUACGCAGCUUCCAGGCAGUAUUCUGUUCGCGGAUAUUGAUCAACCUACGUCAGACCGCGAGCGAGAUGGGAGACCCGUCGUUGCUGAUCCAGAACUUUUCCAUGUAUGAACCGCCAAACCAGGACAUUAGCCUUGUGUUUCGUCGGGUCGGGUUGGAGAAUGACGGUGACUCCGACCAUGAGUUUGGUGGACUUGAUUUUCCUCGAACGUAGCUGUAAUACCUCCUUACGUUACGGAUCAAGCGGGAUGUAUAACGAGUACUUGUCACUCCAUCGAACCGCGAG